AUGCAGUCUCGUGACAUAGAUCCAUUCAACUAUACAGCAAAGAAAGACGUAUACGGGGAGAUACAAGCAUCGCAGACCUCCAACCGUCGGAUCAUUGCUGCAUUCACCAUGCCUCCUGUAUGUUUAAUCCUGUUCCUUGUGGGUUCCUGCUGCCUCGGCAAAGGAUGCUGCAAUACGUAUGAUAAACUAAGAGAACUGAACACGGAGUUUGCCAUCAGAUUGUACCAGAAGCUAGUGGAGACCAAGAACAGGACUAACUUGGUUGUCUCCCCAAGCAGCGUCGCCAGCUCUCUGGGGCUACUACAGUUUGGGGCACAAGGGAAUACAUUUACUCAGAUGGAAAAUGCCCUGGGAUACGAUGUCCAUGAUGAAAACGUGCAGAAUUUCAUGCAGGACAUACAUACGGAGCUGACCAACUCGAGCCACGAUACAGUGAUUCACUUGGCAUAUGCCCUGUUUGUGCAAACAGGAACCCCGCUUUCACCCCGUUUUCUUGAAUAUGCUGCUCGGUGGGCAAACAGUGGAAUCCAACUGGCAAACUUCAGAGAACAUAACAGGACUGUGAUGCAGAUAAAUCAAUGGGUUACCAGCAAGACAGGGGGUGGGACACAUACCCUGGUGCCAACUGAAGCUUUUGGACCUGGACUUACGCAGAUUGCUCUGGUCAGCACCAUGUACUUCAAAAGUACGUGGAAAACAAAAUUCUCCUUCACGGACACACAGACCUUGCCAUUCAUCAGCAACGAUGGAUCUGUGGUUAAAGUUCCCAUGAUGCAUCAAACUGCUGAUGUCAACUAUGGUCAGUUUUACACCCCGUCCGCGGAGAGGUAUACAGUUGUUGAACUGCCUUACCUUGGGAACACAGUCAGCAUGUUUGUUGUGCGUCCAACGGAUAAAAAUACACAAUUGUCGUGCAUUGAAUCAAACCUGACGUCAAAAAGUAUUGCGUUGUGGACUAGCAGCAUGAAGCGGAUCAAAAUGGACAUCUUCUUGCCCAGGUUCAAACUACAAAGCUACAGUGAUUUAAGGAUGGUUUUGCCAUCCCUUGGAGUCUCUGACCUGUUUGAUCCAGCAAAAGCUAAUUUUAACGGAAUUUCAGAACAAGACAGUCUGUACAUAUCCCAAGCCAUCCAUAAAGCAGAGAUUGAAGUGGCAGAAGGGGGCACGAGGGCAUCAGGCGUCACAGCUAUGGUGUUGCUGAAACGAUCCAGAAUGCCCGUGUUUAAAGCAGACAGGCCAUUUUUCUUUUUCUUAAGACAAGCCAGCUCAGGUUCUGUACUGUUUAUUGGAAGAGUUACCAAUCCAUUAGAUUAA